AUAAUUAUACAAAUCAUAUUUAUAGGUUAUGUUUUUAUAAUUAAAAUUGUUGCCUGUACCAUGUAAAUUCUUAAUUUUCAAAAAUGCAUAUAAACACCACAGUUUUAAACACCAUACCAUUAGUCUUUAAGGGUAAAUUUAGCAAAAAAAUAUUUAAUUAUAGGUUAGGUUUACGUAAACUUUCAUGCACUCGAAUCUAUAGAAAUAUUGCCCAUAUUUCAAUAGAAAAUGAAUCAGAGGGAAAGGAUACCACCCGAUCGAAGUUCAGACAUAAACUACUGAACGGUCCUAAUUUGAAGGAUUUUUUUAAAAAUGAGCAUCUAAGUGAUCAAGAAAACCUUCCUGAAGAACAAGUUGUACCUUAUCUGCAGGACAUUAACCGAUACACAGCUAAAAGGAAAGUUUAUUUUGACGUGUACGGUUGUCAAAUGAAUGUAAACGAUACUGAAAUAAUAUGGGCAAUAUUAAAAGAUAAUAAGUUUGAACGUACUAAGGACGUUAUCGAAGCUGAUGUUAUCCUCAUUGUAACUUGUGCAAUUAGAGACAGUGCUGAAGAAAGAAUUUGGGCUCGAUUGAACUUUUUUAAAGGUAUUAGAAGGAUGCGUCUGAAAGAUAGGCCUUCUUUGAAAAUAGGAUUGUUAGGUUGCAUGGCAGAGCGUCUUAAAGAAAAAGUGCUAGAGAGGGACUGUAUGGUAGAUGUUGUAGCGGGGCCAGACAGCUAUAGAGACCUUCCGAGAUUAUUAGCCUUAACAGAAAGUAAUCAAAGGUCUGUUAAUGUGUUACUGUCAUUAGAUGAAACAUACGCCGAUAUUACUCCUGUACGACUAAAUGAAGACUCUGUCUCUGCUUUUGUUUCAAUCAUGCGAGGCUGUGACAACAUGUGUACAUAUUGCAUCGUUCCUUUUACAAGGGGACGUGAGAGAUCUAGGCCUGCCUCAUCGAUUUUGAGGGAAGUAGAACAAUUAUCGGAACAAGGGGUUAAAGAAGUGACUUUAUUAGGUCAAAAUGUGAAUAGUUACAGAGAUCUUUCAGAGGGUCAUAAUAUUAACAAUUUCACGAGUAUGGCAAAAGGUUUCAAGACAGUGUAUAAAGUGAAAAAGGGUGGUUUAAGGUUUGCAGAUUUACUACACAAAGUUGCCCAUGUUAAUCCUGAAAUGAGAAUCAGGUUCACUUCUCCACAUCCUAAAGAUUUUCCAGAUGAGGUGAUCCAGACAAUCCAGUCACAUUCAAACAUCUGUAAAAAUCUCCACAUGCCAGCACAAUCCGGUAAUUCGGCUGUGCUUGAACGAAUGAGAAGAGGGUACACUAGGGAAGCUUAUAUAGAACUUGUUCAACACAUAAGACAUCACUUGCCACAAGUUGCGUUGAGUUCUGACUUUAUCUGUGGAUUUUGUGGUGAAACCGUUGAAGAAUUCGAAGAUACCAUAACAUUAAUGGAGGAAGUUCAAUACAACACAGCAUAUUUGUUUCCUUAUAGUAUGAGGGAGAAAACUACCGCUCAUAGGAGGUUCAAAGAUGACGUUUCGCCAGAAAUUAAACAAAAAAGGUUAGAACGAAUGAUUCAAGUCUUCCGCCAAAUUGCCUUAAAACUGAACAGAACACAAAUCGGCAAAACCCACCUAGUUUUAGUUGAAGGAUAUAGUAGAAGAUCUAAGAAUUUCCUAAAAGGAAGGAAUGACCAAAACAUUCGCGUCAUUUUGCCUGCAAAUGAAACUGUACCUUUUAAAAAUGGUGGCAGUGGCAGAGAAAUUAUCCCUGGAGAUUAUGUUGCUGUACACGUAAAUGAUGCAAAUUCUCAAGUAUUGAAAGCUAUUCCUUUGUAUUUGACCAAUCUUCAAGAUUUUUAUUUGGAAGACCGUCACCAAAGAGCUAUACAAAUUUAAGAGUAAAACUGUAAAUUGUUUUUAAAUUAUUUAA